GGCAUAUGACAUUACGUAUUCCAUCUGCUGGGCGGCGAAGUGGAGGCUUGCGUAGCAAAGGCCAGACUCGUGUUGCUUAGCGCCCCCCACGGAACAGCAGGUUUCUGGGGCGUCCGUCCACGCCGGUCAGAAACCCGACGCCGACAACGCCGGAAACGGGGGUGAGGCGAGCGUGCGUCUCCUCCUCUAGCACAGCCGGCGACGCCGCCUCCUAUCUUGGAGGUAACCUUCGGCGGGAGCAAAGUGUGGGGAGCCGAGAUGGCUGGUGGAUGCAUGUGUGCUGUCCUAGUGCGCGCCCUGUGCUGGAUCUCACGUUUGGAAUACGCGUUUAAGGGAUUCGAUCGUCCGUCGGCUGGCCGACCGGCGCCUCGCGGUCAGCCCCCGGGGCCUGUACCAGGGCCGCGACAACGACUACCUCAUUCUGGUGGGAUUCGUGGCCACCUUGGUGGCCGUGUUCAUCAUCUUUUUCCACUACGACUUCGCCACCACGCGGCUCGUGAGGCCGUCCGGCUUCGCCUACCGCGCCACCGAGAAGAGCCACGAAGAAGGAUACGUGAUCACGUGGGCGCUCCCACGAGGGGCUGAAGAACCGAGAGGCCGUGCUGGGGGCUCGCUGGAGCGCGGCAUGCACGACAACGGCGCAGAGUCCUCGCCCAGGGGUGGUAGUCGCAAUGAGAGCCGCCGCCAUGGCGCUACGGCCUUGCCAGGGGCAAGGGCGGCAACGGUGUCCACUCCAGGAGUGUUGUACUGCGACAGCGCGGGCAGCGACGUGCUGCAGGACGAGCUGGCCUCGUGGCUCGACGCCAGCGUCGACCCCUGCGACGACUUCUACGCGCACGCGUGCGGUCGCUGGGUCGCGAACCACUCGGCGAAGUCGUCCGCGCUCGCCGACUCCGCCGCGGGAUCGGAGGCGCUGGUGUCUCCGCGGACCCUGAAGCGCCGCCAGAUGGAGCAAAGGCUGCUCGCCGAGCUCAAGCGAGGCACCGACGACGGCUCCCUGCGCUGGCCGGCGAGGCUGUGGGAGGCGUGUCGCAGUCCCGAGGCAGAGCCCCAUUCGCGAGAGGUGUUCGACAAAAUCUUGGCUGAGCACGGCUUACUGGGUUUUCCGUUCAGCAGCCAGCCCGACUCCUCAGCGUCGGACAGCAAAGAUGGCGACCUGUCGACCGCCGCGGCCAACGUCCUGUCUCUCUCCGCCAUUCCUGCCAUCGCAGAUGUUCGAGUCGUCAAGUGGCACGACACGAGGUCCUCGCGGAGCGGGCCCGGGUCAGCGGCGACCGGGGGCCGAGCGCGAUGGGUGGCCCGGAUCGAGCCGCCCGAACCCCUGUUCCGGGACUUCGCGCGCAUGAGCGACGCCAACGACGAGUGGUUCCUCACGGCGGUGCAGAAGGCCGCCGGACACCGGGACCUGCACGGACUGUUCCGCGUCGAGCAGGCGCUCGUCGAACUGGCUGCGCACAGGCGAGGCGUCCACGACUACGUGCCCACCACCGUCGGCCGCCUCGCCCACGGGACCCACUGGAACUGGACCCGGUUCCUGACGGCCGCCUUCCGAGGCGUGGCCACGUUCGGCCGGCGGACGCCCGUCCAAAUCAAGGGCGGCUCCUUCCAGCAACAGCUGGCCGCCCUGGUGACGCAGUUCGGCGCCACGCUGCUGCGAAACUACCUGGCCUUCCGCAUGUACGUGCGCUACGCCCCGUUCCUGGAGCGGAGGACCGGGCGCUUCAGUCGGCUGGCGCAGCUGUCGGCCGCGCUCCGGCCCGGCUGGCAGGACGGGGACCCGGCGGCCGACGUCGCCGACCUGCGCUGCCUGAGGCUGGUGGCGGGCGCGGCCCCCGAGCUCGUGGCGUUCGUCUACUGGAACGGGGCCAGGCUCGGAGACCGGAGGCGGAGAGGAGGACUGAGUCCGAAACGGCGCGCGCGACUGCAGCGCCACUUCCGCGAGAUGACGCGCCGUCUGGUCGACUGGAUCGUGAGCACGUCGGCGCGCGAGGUGGCGCGCUCCAAAGGCAUGUCCCGCGAGCUCUCCUCCCGUUUCCUGCGCUCGAUGGGCCCGCUUCGGCGGCAGCUGUUCCUGCCGGACUGGCUGCACAAGCAGCGGCUGCGCAUGCGCUUUGCCGAGCUGGCCUUCGCCGACGCCGAGGAGUCUCCGCUGGCCACGUGGAGGGCGCUGCUGGCGUCCCGCAAGAGGAACGCCCUGCUCAAGAUCGCCGACAGGGGCUUCGAGACGUUCUGGGAGGGUCCAGCGCUAAGGGACACACCGUGGCUGGAUGUGGACGAGGAGUACAUAGCUGUGCCACCAGGUGCCGUUGACACCACGUUCGACGGGCCCUCCUUCUUCAUUCACCACUCGCCCCGGCUGGGCGUGGACUUGGCUCGGCUACUGGCGGAUCGUCUCGACCAGAUGGCCGCCUCGGAGAGCGAAUCGUACCGCUCGCCGUCCUCCUCUCUGCGCCUGCGCAUUGACCUGCUGGGCGACUGCCUGCGGCGGCAGCAACACCAGUACGGCGCCCGCGCUUCCAGCGACGCCGCCUCCCGAGAGGACGUGCUCGACCUACUCGCGCUGCACGUGUCGCUGCGCGUGUUCCGACAGCAAGCAGCUAGAGGAAGCAAGCGGUUUCAGCUUCGCGGCCGCGCAGGCGCCAACGUGACGUACGCCACGGACAAACUGUUCUUCUACGAGUUCGCGCUGGACCGUUGCGAGUCGUACGACGGGGACUACCUGCAGCAGCGGGCUCGCCACGGCCUCCGCUGUCCCGCGCCUACGCUCGUCAACGGGGCGCUGAGGAACUUCCGGCCCUUCGCGCGGGCAUUCAACUGCUCCCACAAUUCUCGCAUGAGGCCCAAGAAGGCCUGCAAGCUUUAGCCUGGCGCGGUGUAAUUGUAAUUAGGCUAUCUUUAGAAACACUGUAGGCGGGACGACUGAUUCUUUUGCCCAUAAAGUAUUUUACGAUUCCUGAA